CUUAUGCCAUGAUUCCAUCAAGGACAUCAGAUAUGCCGCGUCGGAACGUGGUGAUAAGAACAUGCUUGUACUCAUUAGGACAACCCGCAUGCUUGCCCACAUCCCUGACCCUUUGGCAGUGCAUCUCUGAGCCCACACUACGGUCACAUCCUUAAAUUUCUAUCUCUCUGUGUCUGUGAUUUCAAGUGUUUCAACUACUAUGGCUGUACAAGUGCAGCCAGCCAGGCGCAACAUCGUCUCACCUGCCGCCUGCAUUGAUGGAUACUCAUGGAUGGACGACAGUCAGGGCUACUCGCCUUGUCUUACGGUCGCUUAUGUAGAGGGUGCGUGCACUGGGAACAACUACAACCAGCCAGUCCUGGACAGCGGCUAUUCGUACUCGUUACCAAAUUCUUCGACUGCGAAUCCUUGCUAUUGUUCUUGGUCGUCCUAUAAUCUUAUGAUGGCCUGCACUUUAUGCCAAGGAGCUAAUGAUUCUUCUGUCUGGGAAUGGCCUGCAUGGGCAGAUGGAUGCGCCACAAACCAAUCAUGGACACAAGAAUAUUUCCCUUCUGGAUAUGUGCUUGCUGGAGAUGCGUCCAUACCUUAUUGGGCUACUACUAAUCCGUCAACAUGGACAUACGAGAUGUUCAAUACCCCAGAUGCGAACGCCACUUAUCAAAAGAACUCUUCUAGCAUCACCCCAGGCAAUUCGAGCUCAAGCUCGUCAUCUAGCAGUUCAGACGUGGGUGCGAUAGUUGGUGGCACCCUCGGAACCUUGGCUGCCCUCUCGCUUUUUGCUGUCGGCGCCUAUCUACUGUACAAACGCCACGUGUACAAGAAAGGAGUUUACGCCUCUGUCAUCAACCAGCAGCCAUUCGUAAACAGAGGCGCCGGCGCGGCAACUCGCAUGACACCCAAUCGUUUUCCGCCCGAUCCAUCCAACUUUUCUCAGUCGUCGUUCGGCUCUCCUGUGUUGUAUGGGCAGUCCACGUCUUCGUUGCAAUAUGGGACUGUGUACUCUCCCCAGCCCCAGACGGCUUACCCCUCUCUGCAAGGUUCAUUCACACCUCCGCCGCGGACGGUUACUACGUCUCUCCACACUACACACAGCAGGCAACACCCCGAUUCCAUGCCAAUGGUUUAAGUAAGGUGUUUCCGGCCUUGAACUGUUGGACGCACUGUGAUGUGGACUUCUUAUAGGCUAGUGCCGUCUUUCGCAAUCUUGCACAUCUUGGUAUGACGCACAAAAUAUAGGCAAAGCGAGGUCACGGAGUUUCUCUGUAUUUCAAUUUCGUACACCCCGUCGUUCCCAUCAUAUUGCGAGAUAUAAACUUCCGUCGUUAUUUAAAUAAAAUAUUUUGAUUGAUCAUGAGAUGUAGACAUGCUUCUGGCAUUCUUUCAUUCUCUUCUAGACCUACAAUUCAAAUUUCAUACUCCACUCUACUCCACUGUUUCCAGUCUUUAAUUCCCC